GCCAAAGCAUAAUCUGCACCCUUGCCACCUUUAGUGCUUUCUCAAAGUGCUGUUUGAACAUGGAGCAGUAUUUAUUCUUCAACUGAGAGUGGUUGGUACAUGGGAUAUUGAGUCAGUGUGCCGGAUCAUGGGAACUUUGUUUGCUGAUUUCUAUCGAAUUAAGGAGGAGACUCCUGGAGAAAUUGCAGAGAUCAAAGAAAAUUUGAUGGUUUGCAUUGGAGCAAUUAAAAGUCUAAGAAGUGACUUAAUCAGACUAAAGUCUAAAGCAAACCUGGAGCAGGAAAAUGACAUGCAUCCAAGAAAUCAACAAUUUGUUAAAGAUUUUGAUGUUGCUGAGAGCAAAGCAAUUAACAGAUGGGGCGUAUAUCAAGCCGUCAGGUGGAUGCAGUGGAAGACUAAUCUGAAAAAUAAGAUACAGAAAUUGAGGUUAAAAGAUCAAAGGAACAAUUCAUCGCCAUAAAGAUAAUUGAGUGAUCAUAAGGGGAAAACCCAGAAGAAAUUUAAAAUGAGUCUGUAAGCCAAUCAAUUCUUCUUUUCCACAGCACACUAGAGAAUUUUCAAAGAAGAGGUUGAUAAGCAGUACUAGAUCCUGACCAAAUAAUACUGGAGUCAAAUAUGCCAUUGUUGCUGUUAUUAUAAACAUGCUGCUGAUACAAAAUGUAGUGACUGUUUUGCUUAUUUUGAGUGAACAGUAUAUUGUAGGUAUUAGAGGAGUAUGUCAAGAGCUAU